CACCACUCACCAAGUCACCAAUCACAUAAAAACACCCAAAAAAAGGAUAAUUCAAGAAUGUGAAAAAAUAAAAACAAAAAAAUUGAAAAAAAAUGCAGAGGGUAAGUUUGUCUCUGUAUCUCCUUCUUCUGAACUAUGUCCUCAUUAAUUUGGCGGGAGAAUUCGUUGACGUUCGCGCCAAAGUGUACAACCGCAAUGACUUUCCACCUCAUUUCAUCUUUGGCGCCGGAACCUCUUCUUAUCAGGUGGAGGGAGCAGCAUUUGAAGAUGGAAGAAAAGCUAGUAUCUUUGACACUUUUGCUCAUUCUGGUAUAUAUGGGGAUGGAAAUGGAGAUAUAACAGCUGAUCAGUAUCACAAGUACAAGGAGGAUGUUCAACUGAUGGCGGAAACAGGAUUAGAUGCCUAUCGUUUCUCUAUCUCAUGGUCAAGACUAAAACCGGACGGCAGAGGACCUGUUAACCCUAAGGGUGUGGAAUACUACAACAACCUCAUUAAUGAACUCGUGAGCCAUGGAAUCCAACCACACGUUACAUUGUUGCACUUGGAUACACCACAAGCACUUGAGGACAAAUAUGGAGGUUUUCUACAUCAUAACAUUGUCGAAGACUUCACAGCAUAUGCUGAUGUUUGCUUUAGAGAAUUUGGCGAUAGGGUUCAAUACUGGACUUCUAUCAAUGAGGCGAAUAUAUUUAUCAUGGGUGGUUAUGAUAGUGGGGAUUCACCACCUGGUAGAUGUUCCCUCCCUUUCGGCCGUCAUUGCAUCAAAGGAAACUCAACAACAGAGCCAUAUAUUGCUGCUCAUAAUGUACUGCUAGCUCAUGCUUCAGCUGCUAGGCUAUAUAGGGACAAGUAUAAGGCCAAACAACACGGCUUCCUUGGGUUUAGUUUGUAUCUCUAUCAUUUUAUUCCUGCAGAAAAUACAACAGAGGAUGUAAUGGCGGCACAAAGAGUAUAUGAUUUUUUUAUUGGCUUAUUCAUGGAUCCUUUAACAUACGGAGAUUAUCCAGCAAUAGUGAAAAAAAAUGCAGGAAGAAGGAUACCUGCUUUCACACAAAACCAGUCAGAGUUGGUUAAAGGAUCAUCUGACUUCAUCGGGGUGAACUUUUACAAUGUAGUUAGUAACAAACACACAAACCUUAAACCAGAGGCAAGAGAUUACCUUUCUGAUAUGGCAGCCGAAUGGAAAUUUUAUAAUCAGAGUUCUGAUAUACGUGAAACGGAUGGACUUCCUGCUUUACCAUGGGGUCUAAAAGGAGGGUUGGAAUACUUCAAGAAUGUUUAUGGAAAUCCUCCUAUAUAUAUUCAUGAAAAUGGUCAACUGACAAAUCAUAAUGUAUCAGUCAAUGAUCAAUCCAGGAUAGAUUAUUUGCAAGUUCUUAUCAACGGUGUGCUUGAAGCAGUUAGAAAUGGAUCGAAUACAAAAGCCUACUUUGUGUGGUCAUUUAUUGAUUUGUUCGAGGUGUUAUUUAGCUAUAGCAAAAGUUUUGGUCUGUACUACGUUGAUUUCAAUGACCCGAACCGGCCUAGAUAUCCUAAGCUUUCUCAGAAAUGGUACUCGGGAUUUUUGGGAGGAGAAAAUGUUACCGUUGAAGAUGAAGCAGAAAAUAAGCUCACCAUUCUUGGAACUAGUCCUAAUAAUAUGGAUGACAGGUUUUCUAGUUGAAAUUUUUGUAAUAGUUGUAAGUAGAGGCAACUUGCAUUGAGAACACCUCAAUCUGCAUCAUAAUUGUUCAUCAAACUCAAUGCCAUUUUUUAAUAAGUUUUUCAAUGGUGGUAUUGUUUUGGUGAUGACUUCUCUUUCCUGCACAUCUCUGUAUGUAUAUUAAUAUUAUGGCAAGAAGACAGAAAGCAUCUCACAAUUAAGUGAGAGAUACCGCGAUAUAAUUUUGUAUUGAGAGGUUACGUUCCAUGGGCUAUAUAUGUU